AUGAGUAGCACCUCUAAGGACAACAAGUCUCCGCGUUUAGCCACAGCGGUAGAAAGCGUAUUCGUCGAUGUCCUGUAUUCGCCCAAUCGUGCUACGCCCUUUUCAACUUCCACACUUACUGUUAGCGUAAACACAGUGAAUGUUCGCCUUCAAUCAACGUCCAACUCCGGCACAGUAUCAACGGCGACUUUUUUACAAGUACUGAGCACGACUGGUACUAUUGCUAGCUCUUCCGCCAAAACAAGCUCUGUGAUAUUAGAUAAAGUUUCUGAAAGUCAAAAUGCGUCCUCAACAAUCAUCGGUCUUGCCAUAGGCCUGCCUUUGGGCGUGUUCUGCCUGGGCUUCUGUUUCAUUGCAUUUUAUCUCUGGCAUAGAAAGCGCCAUUCUAGGCUAUACCCUCCCACGCCUUAUUAUCCGAAAUCGGGGGCACCCGCUCCGCGCCCGCAGUCCAAAAUUUGGAACCGAUUGUUCAAUCAAGAACCAAGCCAUCAUUAUUAUCAUAAGAAAUACGAAUCUAGCUCAUUCGCUUCUAACCAAGACAGUGGUGCAACCAUAAGGUACAAGAUUUCUUCAAUCAAUACCGAAUCAAAUCCUAUACCGCAGCACAUACAAACUCCACAAAAGGUGGCUUUUCCUAUCAACAAAAGUUUCAGCUCAAACCAGAUCGACACAUUCCUGUAUACGAAGCCGCCCCACAUUCAAUCUAUCCGCUCCGCGUUGCCCACUGCUAGUCCCUCUUCAGAUAUGCCGUAUGCUAAACCUACCAUACCACCGGACAAUGGCACUUGGACUUAUGAAUCGCCGCUAUCCCGGUGGUUUCUCACCAAAUCUACCUACUUUCAAGACCAGGUAAAGCAGCCGCUCAAAUCUUCAACUGUUAAACUCAAGCAACUGAAUAUACUGUCCAGAGUUUCGAAAAAUCGAGUACAGAGCUUUUUGCCAGACGAAAAUUCACCUAUUUUGAGCGCACGGCCCCCCAUAUUCCAGGAUUCAUAUGUUAAAAGCCAGUUGGAUCCCUUGGUCUUCCGCAGCUCUUCUCUUAAACACUCUGCGAACAGGAAAGAGUCCUCUGUCACGAUUAGAGAGACGCGAUUUAUGAACUCAGAGCAAAUCUCAAACUUCAAUCCAUACUCGCGAUCAACCACGUCUCAAAGUGUCAUAAAGCCUCAGUUCAUAGAAAAGUCUAAAAUUGACGCUAUCGCCUUAUUGAGGCCGCCGCAAAGGGUUCCUAGCAAGAACAGUGAUUCUAGAGAACGUAAUAUUGGUGAGAAAAAAUCAAAACACAUUACUGAAAAGCUUAAAGAGCACUUAGACCUGAUUGAUUCACUCAAGCCUUUGCCUCUAACACCAAAAUCAAAACAAGCAUCCGAAACUGCAGCUUCUAUCACAGAUUGGUCUCAGCUUGAGAUGUCAGUACUAAAUUCGGGCACUGCAGAAACAGAGCUCAAUCAAUUAUAUGUGGUGGUUCGUGACUACACACCGAACCUAACAGAUGAAAUAUGCAUUCGACGAGACGAUUGUGUACGGUUGCUUGCUAAGCACACUGAUGGAUGGUGCUUGGUCGAAAAGUGUAAAUUGACAGGAAGCCCAUUGGGCACUAGCGAUGAUCCCAGGCAUUGUGAAAUUGACGGUGAAUAUUACUUAAACGACUACCGUGGGAUUGUUCCUGGAGCAUGUAUAAAGGAGUUAGAAACAGACGCUUAG